AUGUAUUCCAACAGAAUAAUGAGAACAAAAGUAUCCUCAGACUUUUAAAAUACCUGUGUAAAAUGCACGAAUUUAUUUCUAGUCUUCCAAUUUUAAGCGUCAGCAAUUUCAUACAUAAACUGGAUCUAUUUCACCUUGCAGAUUUACAGUUGAUAACUUUUGUACUGCAAAAACAUACACUCCUACAAAUGUUUAAAAUGAUAAAGGGGUAAAUUUAUAUUAUGAAUCUAUAGCUUAAAAAAGUCCAAAUAGAAGCAUUUCUAGCAGAAAUUGAAAAACUAAAUGAUAUUCUUAAAAAAAAAGUAAAUUUGAUAAAUGAACUUACUUUGAAAUUAAAUUCAAGUGAAGUUCAUUUCUAAUAAAAUAGAGAAGAAUUAUAAAAUAUAAAAAUAGCAUAUUAACAUCAAGUAGAAGAGUAGUCAAAAAGAAUUGAAGAAUUGUUGCUAACGAAUAAAGAUCUUAUGGAGACAAAUAUUUAAUAACAAUAAGAGUUAGAAAAUCUAUAUAUACAGAUAGAAUAAUAUAAUAAAGAAUCAUAAAAACUAAAAGAAUCUCUAAAAAAUUCAUAGACUUUUCAUAAUGAAAUAGAAGUCAAAUAAUUAAGAUUGGAGCUUAAUAAUUAAAAAUAAGAGAUCAUCACUCAAUUGUAAAUUUAACUUUUAGAAGAAAAAAAAGAUGUUAAUUUAUUAAAAUUAUAAAAUGAAGAACUUAAAAACUAAUCACAAGUAAAAAUUCUAGAAAAAACUUUGUCUGAUCAAUAAAACACUAUUGAUAAUUAAAAAUAAUGCAUAGCUCAAUUAAGAAAAACUAUUAAUUUACUUGAAUAGAAUAUCUCUGAUUAAUUUAUGAGUGAAAAUUCUUAUAAUUAACUUGUUAAUGUUUUUAACACUUAUAAAGAUCAAUAAUAAGAAUCUGAAGCUAAGUUGAAUAAAAUGUUAAAAAAUAAAGAAACAGAAAUAAUUGAUCUAAAAAACAACUUUUAAAGUUAAUAAAUCUAAUUAGAAUAGUCUAAUCUUUUGGUAAUAUCCUUAUAAAAUUAAAUUGAAAAAUUAUAAAAUAUGAUCAAACUUCAAAUAGAAGAUUUUGAUAUUAAAAAAUUUGAAAGUGAUUCAGUAUAUAAAUAACCUCUUAAUUAACAUAAUAAAAAUUAUAGUAAAAAAUUGAAUAAAGAUUAAAUUGGCACUCCAUAAAAUCAAUAAAUUAAUUUUAUAGUAUUUCUAUAUAUUUUAUUAAUUUUAGAAAGAAUAAUGUAGACAUGUUCCCAUUUCAAAUUAAAUUUUUGAAAAAGAAUUAUAAUCUUAUAAAAAUAAAAUGAAUAGUCCAUCGAAUAUUAAAUUUAGAUAAGAUUUUAAAGAAGGAAAUUAAAAUAAAAAAGUGUUUUGA